UCCUGCAAAAGUCACCAGUCCAACAACACCCUACCCCACUACCCCCCCACACUGGCCUAAAGAUAGGGUAUCAGAACAGCAGCCUCACCGCACAAAGAGUAUAACUGACACGGCCCCUGACCACACCUCCAAGGACCGAAAUCAACACCUG